CAAAUAUAUAAUUAUUUAGAAACAUAUGUUGUUGAAUGGCUUAAAUUGUACAAGAAAAGCAUUCAAAAUUUUAAAACAUUUUAUUUUAAUGGCACUUACCCAUACAGAUCGUUUUCACCAAAAGUUGUCGAAUUUAUAUUUAAUCUUGCUAAUGAACUUGGAGUGGAUAACACUGUCAAGUACCAAUGUGUUGAGUUAUAUGAUAGAUUUUUAUCUGAAUAUUUCAUUUACAAACACAAGAAAUAUUAUAACAAUCAUUCGAAUGAGUGGCUAAAAAUUUUGAAACAGAGUAAGAAACAAUCUUGUCUACGAAUUAUAUCGUGCAUGCUAUUGCUGUCCAAGUAUGCUCAACAAUCUGUGGAUAUUAAAUUUAAAGAUAUCGAAGCUAUACUACAGCGAACUGGGCAUAUGUAUACAAAAAAAAAUAUUCGUUAUUCAGAAACUGAAGUCUUGCGCAUAGUUGGUUUUAAGUUGAAUGAACCAUCUAUAUUCAUGUUGGUUGAAUAUUUCAUUGAUGUGAUCCCAUUUAUUACUACAGAUAGUCUGUAUUCUACAUGCUUAUUGCUAACAGAUUUUGUUUAUAUUUAUCACCAAGAGCUUUAUGAUCGGUUACAGAAUCAAAAGACAGGUUAUAAAAUUUGUACUUACAGUGAAAAAUUAGAACUACUAGACGUUGAGUAUGACAAAACAACUACAGCAGCAGCAGUUGUCACAGCUUUUUACAUAUUAAAUUCAACUGAUAAAACAAAUGAAGAAUUAUGUUUGUAUCUAUCAACUUUAUGUGACAAGUCUAUUGACGAUUUGUUAACAAUUUCAACAGUUCUAAUUUCUAUCAUUAACUCAAUUAGCAGUGGUUCAUAAUUUAACAUUAACAAUUAUGUGCAUGGUAUUUAAUCAUUUUUUUUUUUUAUGUUAUAUGUAUCUAAAUCAUAACUAAUAUUUAAAUUGCUCAAUUUCAUUAAUUAUAUAAUAUAUGAUUAAUGGUUUUUUUAAGCUACAAUAUUUUGAUUUGUUUUACAUUUUAUUUGAUUAUAAAACAAAUAUUUAUAAUAAACAUAGUACAUUGCCUGUUACAUAGUAAUACGUAUGUAUUAUAUUAAAAAAAUAUUUUAGAAUUCAUGUUUGCAUUUUAUUAAAUACAUUACAAUAUAAACUACCAUAUUAAUAAUUAUGUCAUUAUAAUUUGUUAUUUCUUUAUAAUUUUAUUUUAAUUACUUCUAAAAUUAUAAAUGAUAUUUUGUAAAAACUUAUCACCAACAAAUUGUUUUCAUCAAAAUAAGUAAUAUAAUUUUUACUCAGUAUUAUUAAAACAAUGUUGAUUUAAAUAUCAUAUUUUUAAAAAUUUAAAAUAUGAAUACAAAUAAUUUUUUAAUUAUUUUGUGUUAU